AUGACAGAUCAAAGGUUGGAAGCGGUAGGGGUAGAGAAUGCAAACAACAGAAAUGAGUGGGAUGAUGGAUCUGACCCUGAUGAUGUGACAAAUAUAUAUGUGGAAGGUGGUCUUCAAGGCAUACAGUGCAUCAAGUUUGAUUAUGUCAAGACUGGACAACCCACAAGAUCAUCUCAUGGUUACUCAAGGGAAGGUUUCACGGAGAUGUUUGAGAUUGACCAUCUAAAAAAUGAACAUCUUGAAUCUGUUGACGGUUACAAAACCUAUAUAAAAGGGGUUCAAGCACUUCAGUUCAGAACCAACUUGAGGGUUUCUAAAUUGAUUGGAUAUGCAGCAGAUGGUGAAAAGUUUACACUAGCACUCGAUGGGAAAAAAAUCAUUGGGUUCCACGGAUCUGGUAGGAUGAACGUCGACGCUCUUGGAGCAUAUUUCACAGAAAUUCUUCCUACGAGAUUGGAACCGGAAGGGGGCAAAGGAGGCGAUGAGUGGAAUGAUGGAGCUGACCAUGUGGGUGUAACAAAGGUUAAUGUACGAUGUGGUUAUGAAGGCGUACAAAACAUCAGAUUCGAUUAUGUUAACAAGGAUGGACAUGUGCAAGAAGGGCCACUCCAUGGUUCUACCCCGUGA